AUGUCAGGGCUGGGCCUGCGUGUGUCUGGGCCCCUGUUCUAUUUGGCGGUGCCCCAGAGCCAGCUGCAUCGUGGGAGGGGCGGGGCCGCCCGGGGCACCCCCCGCCUGUCCACAGACAUCGACGAGUGCCGUUUCCGCUACUGCCAGCACCGCUGCGUCAACUCGCCGGGCUCCUUCCCCUGCCAGUGCGAGCCCGGCUUCCAGCUGGCCUCCAACAACCGCUCCUGCGUCGACGUGGACGAGUGCGGGAUGGGGGCGCCGUGCGCCCAGCGCUGCCUCAACACCUACGGCACCUUCAUCUGCCGGAAGGUGGGGGGAUCUAGUCUAUCUGUCCAUGUGUCUGAUUGCCCGGUGGGCUGACCCCCCCCCCCCCGCCCCGCAGACAUUGACGAGUGCAGCUACUCAAGCUACCUCUGCCAGUUCCGCUGCGUGAACGAGCCGGGGAAGUUCUCCUGCACCUGCCCCCAGGGCUACCAGCUGCUGGGCACCCGCCUCUGCCAAGACGUUAAUGAGUGCGAGACAGGCACUCAUGAAUGCACAGAGUCUCAGACCUGCUUUAACUUCCACGGGGGCUGGCGCUGCCUGGAGAAGAACCGCUGCGUGGAGCCCUACGUCCAGGUCUCCGACAACCGCUGCGUGUGCCCAGCCUCAAGCCCGCGGUGCCGGGAGCAGCCAUCGUCCAUUGUGUUCCGCACCAUGGCGCUGGCAGCCGAGCGCCCUGUCCCCGCCGACGUCUUCCAGAUCCAGGCCACCAGCGUCUACCCUGGCGCCUACAACAGCUUCCACAUCCGCGCCGGCAAUGACCAGGGCGACUUCUACAUCCGGCAAAUCACCAAUGUGAGCGCCAUGCUGGUGCUGGCCCGGCCCCUGACGGGCCCCCGCGAGCUCGUCUUGGAUCUGGAGAUGGUGACAACCAACGCGCUGCUGAGCUACCGCGCCCGCGCCCUGCUGCGCCUCACCGUGCUCGUGGGCGCCCACCCCUUCUAGCCCCCCGGGGUGGCGCUGACCCAGACCUGACCCCCUUGGCCUGGAAGAUGACAAGGGGGGGCAUUGGGGGGGCACUGGGGGGAGAGACCCGCGUAGGAAGAAAUGAUGGCGCUAAGCUGAGUCCAGUCUCGUCCAUUCUCAGGGGUGGGAACCCAGGUGUCCGGGCCCCCAUGCCCAGCCCUCCUCUGCUGUGCUCCCCACCAAAGAUGGGAGCAGAAACCCAGGUCUCUGGGCCCGAACACUCCGGCGUGGUAGAAAAAGGUCUUUAUUGGUACAAAAGAUGCAUUAAAAUUUGCAGAGCGACACAGGUGGGGUGGGGGGCAGGGCCAGAUCAAGGGAGGGGCCCUGGGGUGCAGUAGAGCUGGCUCAGGGUGCGGCUCAGCGCGGGACCCAGGUUC